CGAAGAGGACACGGCCGGGAAACUGGAGAGCAAAUCAACAGAACAACAACAUCGCACUCCAGCCCUAGACCCCGGCAACAAGGGGAACUGUCAGAACAACAACAUAACACUCCAGCCCUCGGCAACAAGGGGAACUGUCAGAACAACAACAUCGCACUCCAGCCCUAGACCCCGGCAACAGGAGGAGCUGUCAAUCAGUGUGGUUGCCAUGGCGCUGGCCCGGAACUUCCUGUCAGAAGAGCAGUUCCUGUGCUCGAUCUGCCUGGAUGUAUUCAGCAACCCUGUGUCCACGCCCUGUGGGCACAGCUUCUGCAAGGCGUGCAUCGGGGGGUACUGGGACGGGCAGAGCAAGGCCUGGCAGUGCCCACUCUGCAAGGAGAGCUUCCGCAAGCGGCCGGAGCUGCACAUCAACCGCACCCUGCGCGAGAUCACCGAGCAGUUCAAACGCAUGUCCGGGGGCGGGGCCUCCGGGGGCGGGCCUGCAGAGGGCGGGGCCGCAGGGGUCGGGGCCUUGAUGGGCGGGGCUCCUGGGGGCGGGGCUCUGGGGGGCGUGGCCUCUGAGGAGCGGGCGCAGAGGCGUGGGGAGCUGCCCGGCCCCCUCUUCGCCGAGAUGAAGAAGCGCUUCCUCAGGCCCCCAGCUGGCCAACCGCAUGCUCCGCCUCCUACGCUUUCCAGCUCCGCCUUUAGCCCCGCCCUUCCCCCCGAGACUCCCUCUCCACCAGCACUUGCUCUGAGGCGCAACACCUUGAGUGACAUCCACUCACAGAGCCCGCCCUCUGACCCAAGCCCCGCCCCUUCCCAUAACUCCACCUCCUCACAAAGCUGCGCCCGCUCCCAUAGCCCCACCCCCUCCCCCGCCCCCGAGGGCGUGUCUUCGGGCCUGGGGCCCCGGCGCUACACGGUCAGCAGUGGCCCGGCGGAGUCUCUGGCCACGCCCCUGUGCGCGCGGCACGGCCUGCGGCUGGAGCUGUUCUGCCGCGCGGAGCAGGAGUGCGUCUGCAGCGCCUGCAUGGACACGCUGCAGCACGAGGGACACACCGCCGUGCCCGUCAAGAGGGAGUGGCUCAUCAAGAAGUCUCAGCUUGGUGUCUCGGAGGCGGAGCUUCAUCAGCUCAUGCGGGACAGAGAGCGGAAGGUGGAGGAGAUCCGUGCGUCUAUGACGGACAUCAGAGAGUGGGCGCAGCGGGAGACGCAGGGCUGCGUGCGCGGGUUCUCGGCCCUGCAGCGCAGCGUGGAGCGCAGUCAGGCGGAGCUCCUGGAGGUGAUCGAGCUCAACCGCCGGGUGGCCGAGCGGCAGGCCCAGGCCCUGAUCCAGGAGCUGCAGCAGGACAUCGAGGACCUGAGGAGGAGGAGCGCUGAGCUGGCCCACCUGCUGCACUCUGACGACCACAUGCUCCUCCUCAGGACCUUCCCAACCAUAUGCAUCCCCCCUCAAACCAAGGACUGGUCCCAAGUCUCGGUGACCUCUGACCUUGUGGAGGGGAGCGUGCUCAGAACACUCUCCCAGCUGGUGGAGAAAUGCCAGGAGGAGCUGAGGAGGCUGCCAGAGCUCAGUCUGCGAGCCUCAGCGGAACACUCCCUCCUCAGAUACCAGCCAAAGGUGAAAAGGGUGCAGGAAUACGCAGUGGAGGUGACGCUGGACCCCCACACAGCACACCCCCGCCUCAUCCUCUCUGAGGACAGGAAGCAGGUGCGGUGCGGGGAGCGGCACCAGCUGGUCCCGGACAACCCGGAGCGGUUCGACCGCGUGGUGUGUGUCCUGGGCCGGCAGGGCUUCUCAGCCGGUCGGCACUACUGGGAGGUGGAGGUCGGAGGCAAGACGGACUGGGACCUGGGCGUGGCCAGCCACUCCGUUAACCGCAAGGGCAAGAUCACGGUCAGCCCCGCCCAUGGGUACUGGUUCCUGAGUCUACGGGACCGGAGCGAGUACGCCUUCCGCACAGACCCGUCCACCAGCCUGGGGCUGUCCCACAAGCCCCGCCGCAUCGGGGUCUACCUGGACUACCACAAGGGCCAGGUGUCCUUCUACAAUGUGGAGGCGCGGCUGCUCAUCUACACCUUCAUCGACACCUUCACCGACAGCAUCCACCCCUUCUUCAGCCCCUGCACCAACAAGUCGGGCAAGAACGAGGCUCCACUGGUCAUCUCGCCCGUCACGCUCUCAGACUGAGAACAGGGCUCGCCGUCUUCCCGUUUGAUACAGUGUCUGAUAUACACCGUGUUCUCAUGUGAUACAGAGUCUGAUAUACACCGUGUUCCUGUGUGAUACAGUGUCUGAUAUACACCGUGUCCCUGUGUGAUACAGAGUCUGAUAUACACCGUGUUCUCAUGUGAUACAGAGUCUGAUAUACACCGUGUUCCUGUGUGAUACAGUGUCUGAUAUACACCGUGUCCCUGUGUGAUACAGAGUCUGAUAUACACCGUGUUCCUGUGUGAUACAGUGUCUGAUAUACACCGUGUUCUCAUGUGAUACAGUGUCUGAUAUACACCGUGUUCCUGUGUGAUACAGUGUCUGAUAUACACCGUGUUCUCAUGUGAUACAGUGUCUGAUAUACACCGUGUUCCCGUGUGAUACAGUGUCUGAUAUACACCGUGUCCCUGUGUGAUACAGAGUCUGAUAUACACCGUGUUCUCAUGUGAUACAGAGUCUGAUAUACACCGUGUUCUCAUGUGAUACAGAGUCUGAUAUACACCGUGUUCCUGUGUGAUACAGUGUCUGAUAUACACCGUGUUCUCAUGUGAUACAGUGUCUGAUAUACACCGUGUUCCCGUUUGAUACAGUGUCUGAUAUACACCGUGUCCCUGUGUGAUACAGAGUCUGAUAUACACCGUGUUCCUGUGUGAUACAGAGUCUGAUAUACACCGUGUUCUCAUGUGAUACAGAGUCUGAUAUACACCAUGUUCCUAUGUGAUACAACAUCUGAUAUACGUUGUCUUGCGGACCAGAAAAGACAUUCCAGAUAGGAAAGAGCACAUGUUUUUAUUUUCACCAAUAUUCACAGCAUAGUUCUUUCAUGUGAUCAUAUUUUCACCAAUAUUCACUGCAUAGUUCUACAGAGGGCAGGUUGUCUUCCAUAUGAUCGCUUGUUCUGGGUUUCUAACCUGUUCCACUGAGUCAGGUCUAAAUUUUAACACAUUCUUAUUCACUUGAGAACUUUUAUAAAACUGCUAAAUAUGGCCUUCAAAGCCAUACUGUUUAUUUAUAUUUACUUCACUUAUUUUACAUUGUAGUUUGUAAAUAAUGCAAUCAAUAAGUGUAUCUGUAAGUUUUAGGAGGUUGAUUGACAUAUUUUUGAAUCCCUGUGUUUUUUUUUUGACAUUUUUGUCAUUUGCAAUCAAGCUCAAUGGGUAGGCUCCAUGCUUGUAUUUAGCUGGGUGAGCUGGCCACAGUCUGUUUGUCUUGUGAUUUGUAUAUUUUGUUGCCCUUCUUAAUCCUAUCAAAUAAAAUGUUUAUCCUUUUGA